UUGAAAUUGCGUAUUUGAACUUAAAAAUAUGUUUAUUCAAUAUUUAUCAAAAUAAAAAUUCAUCCCGAAGAAAGAUAAUGAUAGUUUGUUCUAUGACCCCAUUUGAGAAAAUGAUCAGAAAUACGUCAACUUCGAGGGCUCGAAACUUUAUGAAUGCGAGGAAGAAAUAACUUUUUAUGAUCAUAAUCGGAUUCCUUGACCUAAACAAUACGUAAAACACAUGCUUUCAAAAGUAAAUAUUCACUUGAGACACCCAAAAACAUUGAAUUACUUCAUGACAUCUUGGCAGUUAAGUGAUUAAGAGAGAGAUGCACCGUCGAUGUAUUUUUCCGAGGGUAUUGUUGACGCUGGUUGGCGGCACAAUAACAAUCUCGCAUCAGCGCAGCUUCGGCUCGCGUUAAGUUUUUGAAAUGUGUUCGAACCACUUCGUGACGUACAUCCGUGUUAUAUGAAUUAAGUCGUUAUCGGCAGUCCGUGAACCAUUCUGACCUUAGAAUUUUUAUUGCCAGGGCACGUACUACGCCGUCAAGCCUUAUCGCUGUAUCAAACCGAGGAGAUAUGCAAUUUUUUUCUAAGAUUAUGACACAACUUAUUACCCGCGGACGGUUUGUCUCCACCGGCACGAGCUACGAGGUACGUCGCAUUCCGGGUCGCCGUUUUAAACACACUUGCCAACAAUGGAUGUGAUAUGUGCUCUGAACACUUUACAAACAAAUGCACAGUACUUGAGAGCAGCCAAAACGAAUCAUUCUUCGGGGAGCGAAUCCAUUCAGGAAAUGAAAAAAUAUCUUUUGCGGUCCGGAUUGACCCUCGAAGAUGUCGACAAACUGUCAAUAAUUCAUGUCACAGGAACCAAGGGGAAAGGAUCGACUUGUGCAUUCACAGAGGCUAUACUGCGCCAAUAUGGAUUUCGCACAGGGUUUUAUAGUUCGCCGCAUUUAAUCCACGCCACGGAAAGGAUAAGAAUCAACGGGCAGCCGAUAAAGGAGGAUCAUUUUGCAAAAUAUUUUUGGCAUGUUUUCAACAAAUUGAGUAACCAGAAGGAAAGCGAAACCGAUAUGCCUGCAUACUUCAAAUUCAUCACUGUUUUAAUGUUUCACAUAUUUCUAAAUGCUGACAUCGAUGUUGUGAUUCUUGAAGUUGGUGUUGGCGGUGAAUACGACUGCACGAACAUUGUCAGAAAUCCUGUGUGCGUUGGUAUUUCCAGUCUGGGAUUGGAGCAUACUGCGUUGUUAGGAAACACUCUGGAGGAAAUUGCGCAUCAGAAAUCAGGAAUAUUGAAAGAAAAUUCAAUUGCAUUCACAGUUCCACAGCCGGACAACGCUGUGAACAUUAUCAAGCAAAGGGCUAUCGAGAGAAACUGCGAACUGCGAAUGGUACCAGAUUUCAAAUCUUACGAUUGGGGCGGAGAUCCACCGAAUCUAGGGAUAGCCGGUUCUGUUCAAGAGAUUAAUGCAUCUUUAGCUGUACAAUUGGCGCACACUUGGAUGCUAGAAAUGGCAAAAAGAAAGUCACGAGUUUCAAACGGUAAUGAAGCUGAUAAUCGUCGAAUCGAUACGAGCAAAAACAGUUAUGCUUGUGUUGCAAAAACUCUCUCUAGGUCACAGUUCAAUUCAUCUCUUAAUGGUAACGAGAAUGCACAUAAUGUUAGCUUCCUUCAUUCAGAGUCUCAAAUUUCUUCCGUUUUUGCCACUCUCGAUGAAAAUAAUGAUUUCUCUAUAAUUUCGCCGAAGAAAACUGCCCUCGCUUUGUCUUGCUGCGUGUGGCCAGGUCGCACGCAAGUAUUGUGCGGUAGAACUAUGAAUUUUUACUUGGACGGUGCUCACACGUCCGAAAGUGUUGAACAUUGCGCCGCCUGGUAUCUAAAUGAAAUAGAAAAUAAGAUUGGGAAACGUUUUCUGAUAUUCAACGUAACGGGCGAUCGAGACGUGUCAAAACUAUUAAAGCCAAUGAAAAGUUUGAACUUUGAAAAAGUUUACUUCGUACCAAAUAUAUCAGGCAAAACAGUUAAGUUAGAUCAAUUAGAAUUGCAAACCACAAGUAGUUUACAACAUGAAAGAUGUAUAAGAAAUCAUGAGAUAUGGGGUGAAGGAAAUUCAAUGGUAUUACAAAACGUGUCCGAAGCAUUAUCGCACAUCACUAGCACGUGUUAUUCGAACAGAAAUACCAUCAAAGAUGAAGGUAAACCGCAGAUACUUAUCACCGGGUCUCUGCACUUGGUAGGUGCCGCGUUAUUAGUUCUAGAUCCAAAUUUAACUAUGAAAACGAAUUACUGAUACGAGAUAAAAAAAUUUAAAGACAUCUAUUAAUAUUAAUCAGUGAUGAGUCGGGCAAAAUUCUAUAUAUAAUACGGAAUAAACAAAGCUGUGAUGAUUCAUUGUUCUGGUUAAAAUUAAAAUCAAAACUAGGGGUUGAAAUUCGUGUCUGAAAAUAUCAUUGAUUGAUUUUAUUUUAAUACAAAAUUCUGUUUAGCUAUGAUAUGCUGAACAACAGGGUGUUGGCUGAAAUGUGAAUGUAAAAUUUCCUAAGAGUUCUAGAUAUUUCCAGGAAGUGGAAACCUACUUUUGUACAACAUAUGGAUAGUCAUAUAUACUCUGAAUAAGGACUUUCCCGAUUUAUUGAUCAAGGGAUCUUACCAUGCGAGGAUAAAUAUUUAUGUUAUACACUUUGCAUUCAGUUUAUCUCGUCUCGCGAUUGAAUGCUUUUCUACAUAAGAUCAUUGUAACAUCUUUGUGAAAAAUUUUACGUAUUUUUGCUACGAAAAUUUCUUUUGCUAGAAAAAGGA